UCAGAUGGGCUACGUCAGGGAGUACAUCCUCUGGGCAGCUGCCAAGUCCCAGCUGCUGGCUCACCAGUUCAUUUGGAACAUGAAGACCAACAUCUACCUGGAUGAAGAGGGACACCAGAAAGACCCUGACAUCGGGGAACUGUUGGAGCAGCUCGUGGAGGAAAUAACCGGCUCGUUGUCUGGUCCAGCCAAGGAGUUUUACCAACGGGAGUUUGACUUCUUCAACAAAAUCACCAACGUUUCUGCCAUCAUCAAGCCGUAUCCUAAAGGUGAAGAGCGGAAGAAGGCUUGUCUGAACGCUUUAUCUGAAGUGAAAGUGCAACCAGGUUGCUAUUUACCAAGCAAUCCAGAAGCCAUUGUUCUGGAUAUUGACUACAAGUCGGGAACGCCUAUGCAAAGUGCUGCCAAAGCCCCUUAUUUGGCCAAGUUCAAGGUGAAAAGAUGUGGAGUGAGUGAACUUGAAAAAGAAGGUUAG